AUGAAACACUUCCGAGCAUUGCUCAUAUUAUAUUGCUGUGUUGACAUUUUAUAUUGUAUUUUUCAUAUAAUUGUGCAACCUGGGUUUGCAAUUGUUGAUAAUGUUUAUUUAUAUUUUUCGUAUCGAAAUUGGGAUGACGCGAUUGUUGGAAAAAUAUUAUUGGCAAUUUUUGCAUUUUUAUUUAUUGAGGUUAGCUUUUUUAAAUGUUAUGUUUGUAGAAAACAAAUUUUCAGUCAAUAACAGUGUUGAUGAUUUUAUUCGCAGUUCGAUUUUAUUCGAUAAAAAAGUCUCCAGUACAAAUCACUCAAUAA